AUGUCGUCGUCGAAACUAUCCUUCCUCCAUCAGGCUGCCUAUCUCCCCAUGGAGCGCGGAGGAGGACGCCGAUCUCCGUCAGACCUGGGGGUCGUUUGUGCUUGCCCGCGACCUCCCUCUCGGCUGCGAUGGGAAACGGUCAGGAUGGGAAGUAUAUCAUCCGAACUUCCUCGCCCGACAACUCGGCUACCUUCAAGGCUGCCCUAUCCCCCUUCUCUCCUCCCGAACGGUCCUAAGCCGUGGACGCGAACAUACACCCAGGAAUUCUUUGGUGCGCCGGUCGAAGACGUGCUUAGCAGACUCUUCAGUGACCGGCCUAAGAAGGCCUCGGCCCCUCAUCCUCAAGGUAGUCGGCCUUUGAGAAAGACGGAGGCAGUUGCCGCUGCCACGACCGGGAAAAAAUCGAUCGUGGCCCAAAAGGACAAACCCGCUGGUAGGGCCGUGCUGAUCAAACGGCCUCGCCAAGAGGCCGAGCCGGCUGUCGAGCCUUCCCCGCCAGCCAAGCGGGUCAAACAAAUGGCGAAGAAGGGUGCCCGGGAGAUCCACGUUAUCUCCAGUCACACGACGACUCCCAGUGCUUCUUCUUCCGCCGCCGGCCAUUCUGGGGUCGAGAAACAACCGGCCUCGGCCGCAGACACGACCCCAGUGCGGCCUGCCUCUGUGGCCGGCGCAUCAGUUGUACCUCCCUCUGUCGAGAAGGCACCUGUCCCACAACAGGCGGUUUCUACGACCGAGGGAACCUCUACCAAGAAUCCAAAGCCCUCGGUCCUUGUGUUGGACGAGAGCGAGGGGAGCGACGAGGUCCCGCUGGCGCACCGUCCUCAUACUCGUCGACAACCUCCUCCAAUACCCGAGAUGGCGGUUCAAACCGGCCCCUCCUCGGCUAAUCGUGGCAAGCGCACGGUCGAGGAACCGAUCCCGGUGCCCGAGAUGGCGGUUCAAACCGGCCCCUCCCCGGCUAAUCGUGGCAAGCGCCCGGUCGAGGAACCGAUCCUGGUGGCCGAACCUCUCGUUCCUUCUCAGGACCAGGGCGUCCCUGCCUCCUCUGAAGCAGCUGCGCCAGUCGGCCCAUCGGUAGCCGACCGGGGCAAACGGCUGCUCGAGGAACCGAGGCUACGGCGGAAUCGCCGGUCCAUCCCCAAGACCAAAGCUUCCAUAUUCCUCCACAGGAGGUUACCUCGGCCUUUGCUUCAUGGGAGGUUGAAUUCAAAAAGCCCUCCUCUCCAGCACGAUUGCAGAGUCCGGCCCUUCGGCCGCUCCGACUGA